CCAUCCGUGGACAAGGUGGCGGGGGCCGUGGACGUGCUCACGCUGCAGGAGAACAUCAUGAACAUCACCUUCUGCAAGCUGGAGGACGAGAAGUGCCCGCACUGCCAGUCGGGGGUGGACCCCGUGCUGCUGAAGCUCAUCCGCCUGGCGCAGCUGUCCAUCGAGUACCUGAUGCACUCGCAGGAGUUCCUCACCUCGCAGCUGCACGCCGUGGAGGAGCGGCUGCACCUGAGCCUGGCCAACUGCGAGCAGAGCAAGGAGCUCCUCAGCAAGCAGGCCGGCGAGAUCAAGUUCCUCAAGGAAGAGUGCAAGCGCAGGAAGAAGAUGAUCGCCACCCAGCAGAUGAUGAUGGAGGCCAAAGCCAGCUACUACCAGUGCCAUUUUUGUGACAAGGCCUUUAUGAACCAAGCCUUUCUACAAAGUCAUAUUCAGCGCCGUCACCCUGAAGAUUCUCACCUUGAGUAUAAGAAAAAGGAACUGACCCAUAAGCUCCAGAAUGAGGUCGACAUGUUGAAGGAGCAGCUGCAGCUCACCAAGUCUCAGUUAGAGGCUUCCCAGCAUGCCCACGCAGUCAGAUUCUCUGAGGAAUAUGAAAUUCAGAAAACAAAAGAGGAAGAAUUCCUAAAGUUAUUUCAUAGGUGGAAAGAAGAAGAAAAGGAGAAAUUUGCUGAUGAAAUGGAAAAAUUCAAGGAAAUGUGUAAGAAGGAGUUUAAAGAAUUAACUUCCAAGAAUUCAGCAUUAGAAUAUCAAUUGUCAGAAAUCCAGAAGUCUAACAUGCAGAUCAAGUCCAACUUAGGCACGUUAAGAGAUGCCCACGAGUUUAAGGAAGAGCGCCCUCAAUAUGCCCAGGAUUUCCAAAAUGUGAUGCAAUUUCUUGAUAGUCAGGAAAACAAGUGGACAGCUCGAGUUCAAGCUCUUCAUCAAGAACAUGAAAAAGAGAAGGAUCAGCUCCUGUCACAUAUAGAGAAACUUCAAAAUUUAAUGAUAGACAGUCUAAAUGCAAACAAUGUUUUCUACAAGAAAAGGAUGGAAGAGCAAGGGCAGAGAUUCCAGGAACAGAGCGAACCGAUUACCAUUCAGAGACCACAGAUAAAAGAAUUUACCAGUAAACCAGUAAACAGUGUCAUUGAACCCAAAGGGAAUUCUUUAAUCUGGCAAACUGUUGAAUCUAAGCCACCUGCCCAAGCUGUACCUAUGAGUGCCCCAGCCCCACAGACUUUGGAUGCUAAGUCAAGUCUAACAAUGGCACAUGAGCAGGCAUUCUCAUCGCACAUACUGGAACCAAUAGAAGAACUUUCAGAGGAAGAAAAAGGAAGGGAAAAUGAACAGAAAUUUAAAAACAGCAAGAACCAUGUCAGGAAAGCUUGGAAGACUAACCCCUCUCUCACUAAGAAAAUAAGAUCAAUCUUGGAGCAGAAUUUGUUGGGGAAAUUGGAAAGCUUGGGGAUUAAUGCAGAUACACGUGGUAUUCCAAGCGAUCAAUUGAAUAGAGUGCUAAGAACCAUGGAAUCAAAAAGACAUAAUCAAGAAAGACAGAUGCCUAACAUUCAGCAAAUUCGAGAGUCCCUUGAACAUCAGGUCAGCUCUAAAAUUGAGGAGAGAAUAGUACUGACUUCAGACAGGUACAGUGGUUCUCAAGGGGAAACCCUUUCAACUGGAGAAAUACCCAAAGCAGUGCAACUUCCUCCCAAAAGCAGACAGUUGAUUAAACAAAGACCUGUUUUCACUGAUAGAACAUCUGUCCCAAAAAUUAAGAAAAAUAUCACAGAAGAUCAUUUUCCCAGAAAGUCUUCAAAUAUUACGUCGCCUCCCUUUAGUUCUGAGGAAGACUUGGAUGCUGGCGACCUCGUCCAGGCAUACACAUCCCCAGAGUUACCUCUUGUGCCACCGUCUAAAAACAACAAGAGUAGCUUUGGAAGGAAAACUGUCAAGAGUGACACUGACUGGACCGAAGGCAGUGAAAUUGACGACUCUGAUAUUUCUCCCAAGCCCAUGGGAACCUCCAUUAAAACAUUAACUGAAAAAGUUGAAAAGACGGUUUCAAAUCAAAGAAAUGUGAGUAAGCCAGUUGGUGGGAUUAAUGUUGCUGAAGCAUUCAUCAAAAGAGAAUUUAAAGAAGAACUAAAGUGCUCAGAUGUGGAUGAUGACGACUGGGACAUAUCAUCCUUAAUAGAAGAAAAGUCUCUGGGGAAAAUAACCGGGAAAGAGCAGAGAGAACCUCCACCCGUGAAGCAUGAGUCACAUUUGGCUCAAGUGCCAACUGCCUGGGGUGCACCAACUCCUAGAGGGCCAAAGAGAGAAGGCUUUCAAGAUGAAUCAAGCACUCUGAAAAGCAGCUUAGUAACUGUGACUGACUGGAGUGACUGUUCAGAUGUAUAGCUACCUGUGUAGCUCCACAGGUCAGAAGAUCCAGGUGCCAACAGUGUGUCGGCAUCGCCGUAUGUCAGUAACUUGCCAACAUGAUACUAAUGCUCCUGACUUAGAGCAUGUUCCACAAUAAAUAGGAAGCUGCUUCAGAGAACAAGGGUCUCUUUAAUGGCACCUAAUACAGUAUUGAAAAACAAAUCGUCAACAGAUUUUGAAGCAUAUAAAGUGUUUAAGACUUCUGCUUAAAAAUGGCGUGUCGUUGAAGUCAUAAAAAGGUUUUUCUUCAGAACGGUACAAUAGCGUUUCAGUGUAUUUUUUCCCAACUAAUUUUUAAGUGAAAACUUUUAAUUACAGCAGGCUUUGGUUUGACUUAAAACUUUAUGUCUUUCUUAUGUAUGUUAUCACAUUGGAAGUGUUUUAUUAUAAAAUUCUGUUCGUAUCCUUAAAACUGAAUUAGUGGAGUCAGUGAAAUCUUAAGGGUAGAUUGAUUAUUUUUCUUAUAGAAGUUUAGAACUAUAAAAAUAUAGCUAGGCCCAUGUUAAAUACAUUUCCCAGAAGUACCUUUACCACGUUCAACUUUGAUCCAUUGUAAGCAUGUUGUUAAAAAACAAUUAUUUUUUAACUUUACCAUUUCUGCAGCAUAAUGUUUAGCUUGGAUAUUUUAUGAAUAAAAUGUUACUAUUUUCAAGAUGGAUUCAAGAAUUAGUUCUCUCAUCUUCUCUAGCUAGGCCUUCUCCACCAAUAAACCUUUCUUUGCUCCAAACCCUGAUCUAUUGAGUAUUGGCCUUUCUUUUGAAGCAUUGGCACACGAGCCUUGGGCUUGUAACGAAGGGGGAGCCAGCCAGGAGCUAGAGUUCCUAGUGGAUUGGCCCCCACUGUGCUGACCGCCUAUACUGUGCUGCACCCCCCGCCCCCCCCCUCCUCACUCCCUCCUGCACUUGUCAUAUUUGGAGUAAGGAAACAUCUUUGGACUUUGGUCAAUUGUCUGUGUGAUAUAAGCAACCUUCCCCCUCCCCCCGCCCCGCUCCCCUUCCCCAGCAGUUUGGUAAAUGAUACCUCUGUAAGCAGUUUUGAAGCCUUUAACAUUUAUAUUUUUCUCCCUGCCUAAUCCCUCAAGAAGUUUGGAGACUUUGAAUGAUGAUUAUUAUUUUCACGGCAACAUGGUUGUUUGCAUAACAUUCUAUAGGAAUCUGUUUUCUCUAGAAUAGGACACAGAUUAGAAACCCUUGAUGAGGCUUUGACUGGAACGCCAUGUUUGAAGGAGACGUGCACAGACUCUGGAUCUCCCCAGACAGCUCUAAGGAAUUGAGGGUGACUUCUGAGGCUGAUCGGAGCCCCUUGGAAAAACAGCCCGGUGCCUUUCUUACAUGGUUCGUGGCAGCCUUUCCAGGUUGCUUUCCUGGGAGAGGACAAAGGGAGACCCUGAGGACAUUAUGGGGGAACCUUGAGAACCUGAGGAAUUCACUCCAAUCUAUAGGAACUACAGGCAAAUGCUGAUGGCAGCUAUGUGGCUUGGUUUCUCAGCCAUGAGGCUAAUCUGGAGAUUCCUUAUGAAAUUCCAGCAAAGCAGAUAUAUAAUCAAUUGCUGUUCUUGUCGUACUUAUGCAAAUCACAGACCAAAUUUACUGAAACUAGACUUAGGCAAUGGAUUAGUCUUCACUUGGCUCUCUUUGAUAAAAUGAGGGUGAUUUUCGAGAGAGAAAUUGUUUCAAUUGAAACCAUAAUGCACAAUUGUGGAUAUUAGGUUAUAGCUUGGUUAACUGUCCUCAAAAUUUCAUUUUUUUCACCUGUGGACAGGACUGGGUCCUGAAUUGUUCUAGCAAAAAUGUUUGGCUGCAGCCCUCUUAACUAGUGUUUUACUUUUCUCCCUUCUUUUUGCCCUGGAGUUAUUUAGAACAAAAACUUUAUUCGGAGCCUUGUAUAUGCAGACCGUAGUUAGAUGAUAGAAUGUAAACUUCGGAGAAAUCUUCACAACAGCUCACAUUUGAUGGUUUAGAUGACGGAUGCUGUGUAAGCCACAGAGACAGCUGAUGUUCGGACUGCAGAUCAGUGCAAUCUGUCGAAUUUCACUGCCUGCCUUCAUUCCCGCAAAAAUGAAGCUCUGAGCCUUUCAUCUGGGGGCGGGGGGGGUGGUCUUCUAGACUGACAGCCUUACAGACUCAGAGACUGGCUUAUGGUUUGCUUUGAUCCUUACUUAGGGUACAUGUAUCCUGGCCUACUGUUUCUUUCACCAUUGCUGUGGUCUCUGCUUGUAAACUGUACACCCCAAAUGCCUCCGCUAAGGCUCAGGUGGGCGUGUGAGAUUAUAAGGGCCAGAAGAGGGGCACCCAUGGGCGGACAAAUCUUACUACAAGCUAAUCCUCCCUUGGUGUUGAACCUGGGCCCAGUUGCUCUAUUUCCCUCAAGAUUGAAGAAUGAACAGAAUGGGGGAACUGUAACAAUGAAAUUCUUCUCUCUGAUAGCCUUCAGAGAGAUAUACUACAGAUAUGUUAAUUAACUAGCAGAAUCCUGCUUGAGUCUUGAGCAGCAGCUCCCCCCUCCACCCCCCCCAACUCCCUUGUCAGCAAAGAGGUAGGGAAACAUGCACAAAGUAAUGACUGUUUUUCAAAGAUUCACAGGAGUCGCCAUAACUGGACUCAGACCAGUGGGCAUCAGUGGACCAACUGGGAACAAAGGGAUUGAGAAAUUUCACACUUUUCCUUGGAUCCCUUUUGAGGCUUACCUGCCUAUACCAGCACCCACCCCUUGCCUUGCCCCUCCUCCCUUUCCUUAGGAACAAUAGAUGCCUGGAUUCCAGACUCUCUUAAGAAGGAUUUGAUAAUUAGUUUUCCCAUCUUCUAGAGCUAGGACUUCUCCAUCAAUAAGCCUUGCUCCAAGAAAGAAAAGAAAAAAAGCUGUUUUAAGUGUCAAUUAAUUUAUCAAAAUAUGAAUAGAAAAGAUUGUCUUCACUGAAUUCAUGUGUAUGUAGUUUUUGUUCCACUUUUUAAAAAUGCCCAACCCAUGUUAUAAAAUGCCUCAAAACUAAUUAGUUCUAUUCUUAACAAUGGCAUUGUCAAUGGUCAGAAAGUUCAUAUGAAGUGUUUCUGCAUUUUUCAUACUUUGUGAUUCUAUCUGUACUCUCUUUCCCAAAAGUAACAUUUUAACUAUAUGGUUUGUUGGGUUUUGGGUCUCUUCAUUUUGUCAUCCUUUUAAGUAAAGCCCUCCAUUACA